GGGCACGUGCUUUCACGCCCACGUGACGAAGAAGAAGACGUCAAGAAGAGUGCGCUCUAGAACGAAAGCAGCCACUCCAAAGAACAAGAAAUUGCGAAGCUCGUAUCCAGAUGUUUAUGUCCAGGCACCUGUCGCUGGUGUUCAAGACUGCAGAGAAUAUGGGCGGCGUAAGGAGCUUAGCGUCCCGCGUGCUUGGCGUCGGCGUGAUCCAGCUGCUGAUCGCAUGCGUCGGUGCAGCCCCGGCAGUCGGCGAUGCCGUCGCGUUCGGCAACGCGGUCACUGCACGACAGAGCCACAACGUCGUCGAGCCCUCCGUUGGCCAGCGGCAUGCGACACUCGCACGCAGGGAGCAGGCCGCACCUCGUUCCGAGUUCUGUUCGGUGGACUGGGGACAAGGCGGCGACAUGCUGAAGAUCCAGAGGACGGGCCCACCGCUCGAGGAGCUGGAGAAAGCGAUGCCGCAUCUGAAGCCCGGCGGCCGCUGGUUCCCGACCCACUGCAAGGCCAGGCAGCGUGUGGCUCUCGUGGUGCCUUACCGGGACAGGCUGGACAACCUGCGAGCCUUCCUGCAGCACAUGCACCCGUUCCUGCAGAGGCAGCAGCUCGACUACGCCAUCUACCUUGUGGAGCAGAACGGCAUGGGAGACUUCAACCGCGCAAAGCUGCUCAACGUGGGCUACGAGAUAGCCAAGGCGAUGGACGACUACGAUUGCUUCAUCUUCCAUGACGUCGACCUGCUGCCGGAGAACAAGCGCAACGAGUACGCCUGCAAGCACGGAGGCCCGCUCCACAUGACCACCUGCCUCGACUACCAGAAAUACAAGCCGUUCUACGAGACCAUCUUUGGAGGCGCGUGCGCCCUGCGCAGCGACCACAUGGAGAAGGUCAACGGCUUCUCAAACGUGUUCUGGGGAUGGGGUGGCGAGGACGACGACAUGUCCAUCAGGCUGCGGUUCAGUGGCUUCAACAUUGUGCGUAAUAACUGCACUGUUGGCCGGUACACCGCGCUCAGACAUGGCACCCAGCGAGCAAAUCCCAGACGGAUGAGACUGAUCAGACGGUCCUUUUUUCGCAUCUACAAGGAUGGCCUGAACACACUCAAGUACAGGGUGCAUGACAUAGUCUUCAAAAAGCUAUUCACCCACAUCAAAGUGGAUCUGUUUCAGAAAAUAUUCACCCGGCCAACUGAAUGAUUGCGCUUUUCACCUGUGUUGCGAGCACACUGCUUAUGCAAGGAUUCUUGAACUGGUGCAUUUUGCACAAAUUUUAUGUGCAAAUGACCUUUUCUUUCACCAUUGCUAUUUACUAUUAAACAUAUAGUUUUCGAUAA